AUGGCGGCGGGGGCGUGGGCCGCGCUCAGGUCGGUCGUGAAGCCCUGCAUCGCCGGCUCCCUCAUCGGCCUCACCGUCUCCGACCGCUACUUCACGGUCGCCGCCGUCCGAGGCGCCUCCAUGCACCCUACCUUCGAGGGCAGGACAGGUGAAUACGCGUUGGUGGAGCGGCUCUGCCUCGAGCGCUAUGACUUCUCCCGCGGCGACGUCGUCACCUUCGUGACGCCGGUAGACCACCAGAGGAAGGCGAUCAAGAGGGUGAUUGGGCUGCCCGGCGACUGGAUCAGCGUCCCGGAGACGGAGGAGAUCCGGAAGAUACCGGAGGGCCACUGCUGGCUCGAAGGGGACAAUGGCAGCGUCAGCCAGGACUCGAGAGCCUAUGGCCCAGUGCCGAUUGGUCUGGUGCAGGGGAGGGUGACACACGUGGUGUGGCCGCCCCGCAAGAUAGGCCGCGUCGACAAAAGGGUACCGGAAGGAAGGGUCAUGCCGCAUCGGAAUCUCUAG